AUGGAGUUUGAUCGCAAUAAAGUUGGACGAGUGGUAAAAGAAGAUAGAUUGAGCAGCUUACCAGAUGAGCUUAUUCAUAAUAUCCUGUCUUCUUUUGACAUGAAAUUUGUUGUUCAAACAUGCUUGUUGUCAUCGAGAUGGAAGCUUCUAUGGACAUCAAUGCCAUGUCUCAACUUCACUAGUUGGCAGUUUACUUCUUUACCAAAGUUUGCCAAAUUUGUGAAUCAUGUUUUGUCUCAUCACAACCAUCAAGUAGAAGUGUCUUCUGUAAAGCUACAUUUCAGUGGAGCAGCUAGUCAUGUUUUUGUGAGAAAGAUUGCAAAAUAUGCAUUCUCUCACAAUGUCCAACAACUAACUAUCACUAGUUGUCCCAAAUACCGCCUUAAAAGUUACCAUGCUUCCCUAUUCAGCUCUCACUCCCUUAAACAUUUCACAUUGACUUGCCAUCAUAUGCAACUUUGCACUACAACUAAAGCACCUCUGGAUUUUCCAGCAUUAACAACUCUGCGUCUCAGUAGGUUCGUAUUGUGUAGUGAUCUUUUCUCCAAUUGUGUAAACUUAAAGAAUCUCACAUUAGAAGAUUUCUCUGUCAAGGAUGUGGAAGUAUUUGACAUCAUUACCCCUCGACUUUCUAGUCUCAGGCUUGCCCAUGGCAGCAGUUGUUCAGCAGUCAUCAAUCUGAUUGCCCCUCAACUCGAGAAACUCACCGUAAUUUGUUGCUCAUUCAAGUACUUGAAUGCUCCACCAGGACUUUCAUCUUUCGACUACUGGGGCGAUUUUCCCUUGAAAUUCUGUAAAGAUCGAUUUUACUCUCUAAACAAAGUGUCUGUCUGUUUCAAUUGUUUUGGUUUGCCAUAUAAAGAGAAAGAUGCAAUCAAGACUAUUAACCUGCUUCAAGAGCUCCAUAGUGCGAAAUAUCUUACACUUAACGUGGACAUAGUUAAGUGUAUUUCCUCAUUUCCGGAUUUGUUGUUGCACCAUGCAUCACCUUUUAGCAACUUAAUCAGCUUGACCAUAGAUUACCGCUUGAAUAGGGAUGAAUAUGGAGAAGAAAUAUCUACCGAAGCUAGAAACUUCUUGCUUGAGAACUCUCCAAGUGCCGCUUUAAUCAUGAAAUCACCCUGAGGUGUCGCUUUUAUCGGAAUGAUAUACUCAUAACAAUAAUUUUCAAGUAUCUCGUUUAUAUUUGUUUAUAGCUUUUAACUGUUCUUUACUUGCAACUUUGCUCAUUUUAUGUAGUCUUUGGCAUCAUAAUAUUGCUUUUUUUUUUUUUUUUUUUGGUUUUUAGUGGCAAUAUGAAACUUCGUCUUUUGGCUGAUGUCUAACUUUCUAAAGAGGGUUCUGGAUUGAAUGGCUAACUAAUUUAAACAAAUUGAAUGGCAAUUUAAACUUAUCCUACCAAGUACAUCAUUGGACUUGUGUGGGUUGCAUUUAUUGAUAGGACCUUUUGUGUUUAUUUCAACACUACAAGAAGUGUUGGCAUUAUACACGACGCCUUUAGCGGCGACAUAGGGCAAUAGCGGCGACAUGUAAUUGACGCGUUACAUGUCGCCGCUAUUGCCCUCUGUCGCCGGUAAUGCUCGCAAACGGCGA